UUUGAUUGGUUAGAAUAUGAGAGGGCUUUGUGGAGGAGUCAGCAUUCUUCCGGUUUGUGUGUUGACUAAAAAGACGAAUGGAGAGUCACUAACUCAACGCAGGUAGACGUUGUUGUUUCGCAGGAAGAUGAGUUCUCAGCAGUUUCCCCGUGCCGCGUUGACCACGGCUGCUGCAGGGCAAGCCCAGCCGGGCGGAGGAAACGCCAGCAUCGCGGCAGGGAACCAGCCUGGUAGCCAGCCAGGUGAUGACGAGGGCGGUAGAGACACUGACCAUGCCCAAGACCACCCACCAACUACCAGUAGCAGCAGUGGCGGUAACACUGGAGGGCCUUUGCCGUUCCGAGACGACAAACAAGAGCCGGUGGUGGUGAGGCCUUACCUCGGUCAGCCCCCCACACUGCCCCAGCACGUACCCAUCCAGCCCACCCCACCGGUCUCCGUGCCGGGUCCACCAGUCCACCUGCCCCAGGGACAGCCGACCACCUUUGCAGAUGGACAAAUCAAGGCUGCCAUGAAGUCGCCCAUGCCCAGCCGGCUCAUCGCGCCUGCUCCCAGCGUUGGCCAGAGCCACCUGGCUGUGCCCCCCAAAGUGCCCACACACAUCGCCGUGACGCCAGAGAGCAGCAUCGCGCCCUCCUCCUCUAUUCCCGUGGCAACCAUCAGCGGCCAGCAGGGCCACUCGAGUAAUGUGCACCACCUGAUUCCGGCCAACGUGCAGAUCAUCCGCAGCAGCACCCCCGCCGCUCUUCAGAUCGGCUCAGCUGCACCCCCUACCCCACACACCUUUACAUCACACCUACCCAGAGGAGCGGCAGCAGCAGCGGUGAUGUCCAGCACUAAGGGCCCCACUGUUCUCCGGCCGGCUGCAGGGGCCAACGCCGGCCCCGGACAACCCACCGCAGUACAGCACAUUAUCCACCAGUCAAUACAGUCCCGGCCGGCUGUCACCUCCUCCACGGCAGUGCUCCCUACGGUGGUGGCCCCCAUCUCUGCUGCCCGGACCCAGUCUCCUGUCAUCAGCCCCGUGGGCACGCACACCACCUCAGACAUGGUGCACGGGCGCCCAGGCCUGACGAUCCACCAGCCACCUCCGGCCACCAUCAGCAUCCAGCGGCCGGCGACACCCAGGGACACGGCAACGCGGAUCACCCUGCCCUCACACCCUGCCAUCGGGGCUCCCAAACAACCCCCGCACACCGUCACACAGAAGCCCAUCUUCAGCACGGUGACUCCUGCUGCCACAGUGGCCCCUAUCCUGGCCACCAACACUGUGCCCUCUACCACCUCUACAGGCUCUGUUCCACACACACAGAUGACCAGCAACACUAUCGUAACCAUGACGAUGCCCUCCCACUCCUCCCAUGCCACCGCUGUCACCACCUCCGCCAUCCCCGUGGCCAAAGUGGUGCCGCAGCCCAUUGCCCACACGUCGCCGCGCAUCCAGCCGGAGUAUCCAGGCGAGCGGGCCAACCUGAUCCCCAUCCCUGGACACCGCUCCUCCCCCAACCCCGUUGCCAUGGAGCCCCGCAGCGACAACAGGCCGUCUGUUCCCGUGCAGUUCCAGUACUUCCUGCCCACGGCUUACCCCUCCUCUCCGUACUCGCUGACGCACACCUAUACUCCCAUCACCAGCUCCGUCUCCACCAUCCGACAGUAUCCAGUCACCCCGCAGGCCCCCAGCUCAGCGCUGCCCCCGCAGGCGGGCGUGGGCGUGGCGACGACGGUGCAUCUGAACCCCAUGCAGCUGAUGGCCGUGGACCGCAUCGGCCUGCAGUCGGCCCAGCUCAGCACCCAGAGCAUACAGCCCGCCCCCAUGGCCGCCCCGCCAAUAGGAGUGCAGGGCCUGCACGCCACCGCGCCAAUCAGCACGCAGGCCAUCCAGCAGGCACCAAUCACAACGCAACAGCAGCAGCAGCCCGAGGCUAAGCCACCAGGUGUGGUUCUUCCGGAGGGAUCCACGUUUGUGACCAACCCCAUCGGCAGCACGUUUGGCAGCACGCAGCCUGUCACCACGGUGGUCCAGACACACCCCCAAGGGGCAGGGGCAGUGGUCCAGACACACCCCCAGGCGGCCGGGUCAGGAGGCCCCACGCUAGUCUCCUCGCCACGGCCCAGCAUCCUACGCAAAAAGCCCGCCAACGAGGGAGCGGUGCGUAAGAACCUGCUGCCGGGUGACGGUGGCCCCGGGCGUCUGGACGGCGGCAUGCGGGGGGUGGCAGGCUCCCCCAGACCGGCCGGGGUGAAGCCCAAAGCGGACGUGCACGUCGCCAUGGCUCCCCCAGUGAUGGCCGCCGUGGAGGCCCUACCCCCCCACGCCACGGACCAAUCGCAACAGCCACAGCAGCCCCAGGCCCUCCCACCCCAGGCCCAGCACCUAUCGCAGGCCAUCCCCACCCUGCUAGCCCCGCCCGCCCCCCAGCAGCCCCCCUCCCAGCCCACGGCGGUGCUCUCUGCGCUGCCCGCCGCCAUGGCCAUCACCCCCGCGGUGCCACCCCCCAUGCCCAUGGCCAACGCGGUGGCGUCCCCCACGCAGCCCAACGCAACCUCCACGGCCACCUGCGCGGCCAGCUCCACCUGCCCGCCCGAACUCAAGGUCAAGCAGGAAGUGGAGGCUAUGGACACCUCACAGCCGGGCGUGCCAAAUGUGACGUCCACGCCCGGUCCAGCCGCCCCCUCGUCCCUCUCCUCCUCUCAGCCCCCUCCCCCGCUGAGCGCCCCAUCGCAGCCUGGCGACCUGUUGCCGGGGGCGUCGCCGCGUAAGAAGCCGCGCAAGCAGCAGCACGUGAUCUCGACGGAGGAGAGCGAGAUGAUGGAGACCAACAGCACGGAUGAGGAGAAGGGGGGCAGCAGGACCCUGGGGAGCCGCGCCGACCGGCACGAGUCGCCGCCACGGGAAUAUGUUGAUGAGGAGGGCGUGCGCUACGUGCCCAAGAAAGUGCGGCCGCCCAUCACGCUGCUCAGCCACUACCGCAACCCCUGGAGGGCCGCCUACCACCACUUCCAGAGGUACAGCGACAUCCGGGUCAAAGAGGAGAAGAAGGGCAGUCUCCAGGACAUGGCGGGCCAGAGAGGGGUGGUGUGCAGAGCGCAGGGAUGGAAACUUCACCUCUGUGCAGCUCAACUCAUGCAGCUGUCGAGUUUGGAGCAUGAGGUGUACAGUCGGCUGAACAGCCUACAGGAGGGCCUGAUUCCCAAGAAGAGGGCAGGAGGCGACGACGAACUGCACCGCAUCAACGAACUCAUACAGGGUAACAUGCAGCGCUGCAAGCUGGUGAUGGACCAGGUGGGGGAGGCGCGGGACACCAUGAUGAAGGUUCUAGAACACAAAGAGCGCGUUCUCAAGCUGCUCAACAAGAACGGAACCACGAAGAAGAGCAACAAGCUCAAACGCAAGGAGAGGGCAUAGACACUCCCACCACACCAACGUACUUAACUGCCCGAACAUGCGCCCUCAGACACAAUGAGGGCACGGACACUCACCUGGUUACAUGCCACCGAUUCACCCCUCCGUAGAGAGGGUAUGGACUCACUUACAACAGCCACCCAAACCCCCAAUAUGCACCCCCAGCACCACCACCACCACCUAUCCCUACCUGCCACCAAGAAGAGCUACAAGCUCAAACAGAGGGCCUAGACACUCAGCUACUUACCCCGAAAUAUACCCCCUUACCCGCCUCCACCCCCAUAACUCAUCCCUCUACAAUCUCAAACUACUUAACACCAAUACACAUCCCUUGACCAUCUGUUCCCUUCCAUACUAUCUCCCCCUGGAGAGGGCAUAGGCUGAAAUGGUUACCCCUAUACGUGCCCUGCACCUCCACACUGCAUCCCUCAGAACUCAAGGGGAGGGCGUAGAGAUUUAACCUGGUUACCCCCAGAUACAACCCCCCCCCCUACCUUCACCUACACCCCUGACCCCUAAUGCAUUACCACCCUCUAGGUAGCCUACUCUCCAACCCCUGAAAAUAUAGCAACUUUCAAGGACAGACUGGGAAUGAACGACCUGAAGGUUCCUGCUCCUUUUCAUCCUCAUCCAUCAUCCUCUUCUCAUUCUCCACUUCCUCUUCAAGAGGGCCUACUGACUAACGCACCCCAACAUACACUUAAACUCAUGCCAAUCUUCCUGCUCCGGUUUGACACGUACUGUAGUUGUCACAAAAAUCCUCCACCAUCAGACAGCGCCAGGCAUCGACCUUGACUCGGACGUCGUGGAUGACCCCUCUCCUUACACUGUACUGGCUUCAGCCUUGCUGUGGGAACUCACUAAAGAAGCCAUGACCAAGUUGGACAUCUGGACACACACACACACACACACACACACACACACACACACACACACACACACACACACACACACACACACACACACACACACACACACACACACACACACACACAAUCAUCUUCAUUUCCAUUUGUUACACACACACACACACACUCGAGUCAAGGAAGUGUAUACUAAAUGAGCAUGACAGACACUAAACCCAGCAGUGCCCUUUCCAUGGUUUUGGUGCCUUCGAUUAUCAAGUAUACUCUGGACACGAGGAGUGUGCUCUUUGUGCGUUUUCUACAUGAGCAGCACGAUUGGGUGUGAUUGCUUAUUUUUGUGUCUUCUUUUUUUGUUUGUUUCUUUCGUCUUGGCCCUGCAGACCAUGUUGAACAUGUGGGUCUGUGUGGACGCAUACGCAUUACAUACGCACACACACACACACCCUCUCAUCCCUGUCGUGCUCACAGACACACCCUCUCCCCCCUUCCGCACAGGAAAUGACCACACACCCCCCCCCAUCGGCCCUCCUCAACUCCCACUGCCCUCCUCUGCCUCCGAUCUGAUGAUGUUAGUGUUUUUUUGUUUUUGUUUAUUUUUUUAAACUGUUUUUGUUUAAUUAUUUGUUUGUUUGCAAGGGGGUGCUGUUUAAAAUAUCUAGCCUGCCUUGAACAUCAUGGAGCAAUCUCAGAAGAGUACAGAAGUGUUGUUGUACUCCACAUGCGUGUGUUUGUGUAAUAAAAAGAAUGUGAGAAUUUUUUGAAGAUUUUAUGUUAAAACGAAAAUCUGAAGGACAUAACUAACUACGAAAAGAAAACCACCACCACCAGUGAAUACAGACUAUUGUGUAAAUGAGCAGUGACUGUACACUCUUAGGCUUUUUUGGAAUAUGUUUUAGGUUUUUUUUUCUUAUUUGUAUGCUGAGUGGCAGUUAGCUGUGCUCCAUAGCUGUGGCUCUUGUUUUGCAAGUUGUAAGCGCUAAAGUUUGUGUGUUGAAAGAGAGCCAGGUGGCUCUGUUUUGUACAUUUCCUUCAUGUCUGUAUAAUAUUAUGUGCUUAUGCAGUAAAAUACUGUACAUUUACGCCA